AUGAGCGCCGAGCAAACAGGCCAAGGCCACGAUGGCGGCUACAGCGACACCAGCUACAAGGACAGCGCCGACUACCUGCAGUUCAAGACACUGCCCCCCGGAGGCCCGUUGAACCGCUGGUCUCACGCCAUGCUGUACGGCGCCGGCGUGCCGAACCCGGAGAUGAUGAAGAAUGCGCCGCAUGUCGGCAUCGCGACGGUGUGGUGGGAGGGCAACCCUUGCAACACACAUCUCCUCGAGUUCGGUAGGAUCGUGAAAAAGGCAGUGGAGAAGCAGGGCAUGCUCGGCUGGCAGUUUAACACCGUGGGCGUGUCAGACGCUAUCACGAUGGGCGGCGAAGGCAUGCGCUACUCCCUUCAGACCCGCGAAAUCAUCGCCGACAGCAUCGAGUCCGUGACAAUGGCCCAGCACCACGACGCAAACAUCUCCAUCCCGGGCUGCGACAAGAACAUGCCCGGCACCAUCAUGGCCGCCGCCCGCCACAACCGCCCCUUCAUCAUGAUCUACGGCGGCACAAUCAUGAAGGGCCACUCCGACCUCCUCGAGAAGCCCAUCAACAUCAGCACCUGCUACGAGGCCCGCGGCUCCCUCACCUACAACCGCCUCCACGCAAAGUGCAACCCCGGCGCCGAGGGCCGCACCCCCACCGACGUCAUGGAGGACAUUGAGCGCCACGCCUGCCCCGGCGCCGGCGCCUGCGGCGGCAUGUACACGGCAAACACCAUGGCCACCGCCAUCGAGGCCAUGGGCCUCUCGCUGCCGGGCUCCUCGUCGUACCCGGCCCUCUCCCCCGAAAAGUCCCGCGAGUGCGAGCGCGCUGCCGAGGCCAUCAAGAUCGUCAUGGAGAAGAACAUCCGUCCCAGGGACCUCCUGUCCCGCGCCGCCUUCGAAAACGCCCUCGUCCUGACCAUGAUCCUCGGCGGCUCGACCAACGGCGUGCUGCACUUCCUCGCCAUGGCCAACACCGCCGACGUGCCCCUGACGCUCGACGACAUCGACCGCACCAGCAACCGCAUCCCCUUCAUCGCGGACCUGGCCCCGUCGGGCAAGUACUACAUGGAGGAUCUCUACCGCGUCGGCGGCACCCCCUCCGUCCUCAAGAUGCUCGUCGCCGCGAACCUCAUCGAUGGCUCCAUCAUGACCGUGACGGGCAAGACCCUCGCCGAGAACGUCGCUGACUGGCCCUCGCUCGACCCGAACCAGAAGAUCAUCCGCCCGCUGUCCAACCCGAUCAAGGCGACGGGCCACCUGCGCAUCCUGCGCGGCAAUCUCGCCCCGGGCGGCGCCGUCGCUAAGAUCACGGGCAAGGAGGGCCUCUCCUUCACCGGCGCCGCGCGCGUCUUCGACAAGGAGCACGAGCUCGACGUCGCGCUGUCCGAGGGCUCCAUCAAGCGCGAGGACGGCAACCUCGUGCUGAUCGUGCGGUACGAGGGCCCCAAGGGCGGCCCGGGCAUGCCGGAGCAGCUGCGCGCGAGCGCGGCCAUCAUGGGCGCCGGCCUGGACAACGUGGCGCUGGUGACGGACGGGCGGUACAGCGGCGCGUCGCACGGGUUCAUCGUGGGCCACGUCGUGCCGGAGGCGGCCGUCGGCGGGCCGAUUGCCCUCGUGAGGAACGGCGACAGGGUGACGAUCAACGCGGAGACGAACCGGAUCGACGCCAUUGACGUGGACGAGGCCGAGUUCGCGAGGAGGAGAGCCGAGUGGAAGGCGCCGUUGCCGCAUGUGCGGAGGGGCGCGCUGGGCAAGUAUGCUCGUCUGGUGGGCGAUGCGAGCCACGGUGCUGUUACAGAUCAAGCGGAUCCCUCAUGGUGA